CGCCCUGCCCGGGACGCGCGUCGCCCAGCGGCGCUCUCGGCGAGCCUCAGCCGCAGGGCGGUCGCCUCUCCGCGGCUGCAGCGCGCAGGCCGCCCGAGGACGGGUGGCGCGCUGCUCCGGCCGCGAAGUCGCGCGCAGUCCGCGCAGCGCGACCCGUGCCGGGUGGGCAACGUGACGACUCACUAACGGCGCGCGCCGUCGGACUCCCGGAGCCACCGACGAACGAAGAACGCAGGAGCAGCGACGGCAACGAAGAGAAGCCCGGAGGGAAGGAAGGGGGCCGGGGAGAAGCAGGCCCUCAGGGCCCCUCCAAGCACCGGUAGAUGGGGGCGUUCAGGUCCUGGUGGGGGCCGCAUCCCAGAGGGCGGCGCUGCAACAGAGAAAACGCGCGGCCGGGGCCGAGGCCGGGUUUCCCACCAGACGGUGGACUUCAGCUCCCAGAAUUCCCCAGCCAACCCUGGUCCAGACAGAGGGCGCUGUGCAAUCGGAGGCACUCGGAGCAGCCAACGAGGAAUGUCGGAUCGGGUCAGCCAGCUGAAAGAAAAGCUGGCCUUAUUGAAAAGAGAAUACAACAAAACAUUCCACCGGUUGCAGCGUGCUGAAAGAGCUGUGAAGGUUAAAAAUUACAUCAAGAAAACAGUUGCAGAGCAAAACCUGCUGCUUGCACAGGAGGAAACUGCAAAGAACCAUGCAGGAGGCCUCAGUCAGUUAUCUCCAGGGCCCCUGGAGGAGGGUCUGGCUGAAAUCUGCUCCGAGAGCAGCACCGCAGAGGCCACGCCAGUCCUCUUGACGCCUGAGGCCUCGGAAGGUGGCUUGCCAGAAAUGUCAGGCUCCAGAAGUAGCCAUCAGGCUGGCAGAAGGGUACUCUUUGUGGAACCUCCUCCUGGGAGAAAUUGUGGGCUGCGCUCAACCAGUAGGACCACUGGGCAACGGAGAGGAAUGCUCUCUUUGGCAAAGAGAGGAGAAUCGGUGUGGGAGGCGCAUCAGAGAGAUACUGGCGGCCAACUGGAGCAUGAGAUGGCCGUGGCCCAGGGCUCAGGGUCGCCAAUCUUUAAGAGAAGAAGCAACAUCUCAGAAACUGGCCAGAGGAGCCCCCCAGAAUCGUCGUUGCCAACUAGCAAAGGAGGAAGCAGCAAUGUUAAUUCUCUCAUGCUACACCCAGACUGUGAACAGGGGAUGUUGGUGCAAACUGAUGUUCCUGGGGUAACGCAGCCCCUUCCUUGGGUCCUGUCAAAUGCAAGUCAAGUAUCCUUACUAGACUACCUGAGCGAAGAGAACAUUUCUGGUUUGGAUGACUCAGCUGCUAUGAAUAUUGCAUUAUGCACAAAUGUGCAGAAUGAGGAGAAAGAAUCUGUCCAAAUGGAAGAGGGGCACCGAUGGAUGGGCAAGAGAGAUCCAGGAAGAUUAGCAGACCUAGCAGUGACCAAUGAUGCCGUCCAAGGAGACAAAACUCUUCCUGAUUUGCAUAGAAAUGACAUUGAUAAUGGCCGCCCCCCCACCAAGAAGACAAGUGGAAAGGACAAAGGGCCCAAUCUUGAAAUUGGGUCACCUCCCCUGGAAGGGGUCACUCCCAAUAAGGGGAUGCUGAGCUCUUGCACAGUAGUUGAGGGACUCAUGUUUCCAGUUGAAUAUUAUGUGAGGACGACACGGCGACUCUCCAGGUGCCAGAAGGAGGUGAACCUGGAGGCGGUCAUUCAGAGCCACCUGGGAAGGGGCAGAAAAGGCCGGAGGGUGAUGCACAGAGGGCAGGCAGUGAAUCCGGCCCUGUCCUCCCCAGAGCUCCCCCAAUGUGGUGAUCGGCUGAGCUUGCCUCCUGGGGCGCCUGGGGACGCUUCUGCUCAGUCCCCCUGCCUCUCUCCAAAGAGCGCUGGGUCCGGUAGAGGCCAUGUGCGGUGCAGGAAAGGGCAGCGGCUGAGAAGGAGGACCGAGCGGACGACUUCCCUCAGUAUAUGUCAGGCUCUCUUGGAGAACCCAGAGGGGGCGCUCCCCGGAGCAUUUGUUGAUCCUGUGGAAGAAUUUCACAGGGGGAAAGAAAACUGCUUGCACGGAAGCAAGGCAGCCGUGCUCACGCCUGCAGCAGCUGGUAGCCCCUUGGGCAGCAAGCAGAGUAGCAGGGAAGGGCUAGAGGGGCCAGCCCCUUUGGCCAGCAUAAGCCAGGGGGCUGAGCUCCAGAAGGUCCAGCGUGCUCUCCCCAGCAGUGGAAGAAGCCAGGAAGGCAGUGGUGAACUGCAUCUCUCUGCAAGGAAGCCUUCUGGACAGACCGGGGAUCCCCGUCACAUCAGUCCCAGGCUGGUCCAGCAGGAUGGAAGAGGCCACCCGCCCGUGGGCUCCCAGAGCCCUGCUUCUCCAGGCUUCUUGAGGGUGGAUUCUGCUGUGGCGGCUUUGCCUUUCCUCACCCAGGACCGUGAGGGGUCCCGCCUUGGUUGGCUGCCUCCCAGCCUGGCCUCCCAGGAGUUCCACCUCCCUGAUGAGGAAUUUGGCCACCUGAAGUCCAAGAAGCUCAAAGUCUGUCCCAAGAAACCGUUGGGGAUUUGGGAUGCUGGUGGAUCCAGCGAGGGCCCUCCGCGCACCGCUGGUGAGGCUUCUCUCGAGGAAGGAGCAGUGUCAGGACAGAACCUUGUUUCCGGAAUGAAAGGGACGCCCCUGGUGCGCUCUCCCCGUGAGCUGCUCCUUUCCCCAGCCUUGGAAGGUGGACAGAGCCUGUUGCAGUUCCCGAUGCCCACCCCGGAUUUUCCUUGUUUGGGGGCAACCCCGGCUUCCCCAGCUCUGCAGCGCAGGGAGCCCUCCCCGGGUGCGUUUCGGGUUUCUCCUUUCCAAGCAGCUGUGGCAGCUUCUUCCUUCCCGGAAAGUGGCACCAGGCUGCCUCGCUCACCAGGCCAAGUUGGGAUCGGCGGGGAGGCCGGGGAGGAAGCCGCCAGCCUUCAGGAGAAGCAGCUCCCAGCUGAGAAGCCAGCUGAGCGUGACAAGGAGCCCGCCCGACAGAACAACACUGCAGAAGAUGUCCUGGGAAUGGCACCAGGGGGUAUUCAGAGAGAAAGCAGCUUGAAAAUGACUUCAAAACUAAAGAACGGCUCCGGCUCCUGUUUGGUGGACGUGAGCGCCGUCUGGUGGGAGGCUGCUGACUUUGCGGAUUUGUGCAUUGUGACAGCCGAGGAGACGUCCGUUUCUCUCUGGAGGCCUCUGGAUCUUGGCCAGUGGGGGACGGUGCACACCUGGCGCUUCACGAAGUUUCCAGUUAUCCAAAUCGUCCCCCUGCCAGGUGCUCUCAGCCUGGUGUGUGUGGUGCUGGGACACCUGGAGACAGCAGAGAUAAGGUUUUUGUUCCAUUCUUCUGAAGAUGGCUGCAUUAAAGAGCAGGUGGUCAAAGCUGGAAACAUAAAUGCGGUUCUUGGUCUGGCAGACAGGAAGCUGGUCAGUAGCUGUUGGUCACUCCAAGGUCAAGAAGUGGAAGUCUUUUCUUUCUCUGAGGUGGGAAGGAGCAAUAAGAGACGGGCUCUGAAGCCUCCAGAAGAGACCGUUUUGGCUUUUGCUGAUGUAGCCGGAGUACAAGAGGCUUUGCUUGGAAUGACGACCAUGAACUGCAUAGUGCUCUGGAAUCUGGGAACCGGGCAGUUGCUGAAGAAGAUGCCCGUGGGUUGGUCUUUCCCCGCGUCCGUCUGCCACAAGGCCUACUCGGAUUCGGGCCUCCUCUUUAUGGUUUUAAGCCAUCCACAUGCCAAAGAGAGCACGUUGUGUGGGAACCCAGCCUUCCAGAUAGUUGCGCUCAAUCCCAGGACAGCCAGAAGCUCUGGGGUGAUGCUCUUGUCCCUGCCCCCAGGAGUCCAAGGAAGGUACUUGGAGCGUGAUGUGAGGAAUGCUUCAGCGGCAGCUGUCCUGACAUCUGGAACUAUUGCUGUGUGGGAUUUAUUUCUAGGGCAGUGCACUGCCGUGCUGCCCCCCAACUCUGAAGGCAGCUGGUCUCUGGCCAGGUGGUCGGUCACAGACACUUGCCUGCUGACUGGGCAAGAAGAUGGCACGGUUUAUCUUUAUAGGUACACGGGAAGCAUGCACUCUGAUCAAGAGACAUGCUCCAUUCGGAACAGACCCGACUUCCUGCCUCUCAAGAACUCUGGAGCCGAAUCCCUCUGACGGCAGGUUCCGUGACACAUCAAGUUUUGUGAAGUGUGAACAGGGAGAUUCCACAACAGUAUUGUCCAAAAGGAACUCAGAAAUUGGGCAUGGUCACAAUCCACUUUGAAUAUUUCUUCUGCAAACUAACCAGAAUUAACAGGAGCUCCUGGUUGGCUAAAUUUCGCUUUUUGGAAGAAAUUGCCUCAUACCUGUUAAAAGAAAAUGAAACUGAAAAAGCAAGCAACACAUUUCAUUGAUGUUCUUGAAUACGUGAUUAUUUUUUGUAAAAGGUUUCCAGGUUUUUGUACUAAGCGUGAGCAGGGAUAAAUACGACAAUAAAAAGUCAUCUUUCCAAUAGAUCAAGUACAUGAUGAUGAUUUUCAUGUUAACAUCAUUGUUCUCCCAUUUCCUUUUUGUGAUAACGCAAAAGUAGCAUUCCUGAUCAUUCCAGAGGAAGAUGAGACGUGACUACAGUGGAGCCUGAAGCUUCUGUGCUCGUGCGGGGCAUAUUCUGCUGGCUGGGACAGAUGCCUCAGGACCGCAGGAACAUGGGACAUUCCUCUCAGCCCCCCGCCCCCACCGGCACCAAAAGUGGGGAACGGAGCUUGGGGCUGCAGCUCAGCCGCCUCUGCUCGGGGCCCUGAAUAGUCAGAACGCCCCCGUCAGUGUGAAGCCGCUGCCAGGGGAAGGGAGGAAGAGGAGGAGAUUUUCGGAUCGCGGUGAUCGGGUCUUGGCUGCCCUGCGGAUAGAGUAAGGGUUAGCAGGGGUGGGCUGGGAACACGCUGUGGGAAUACUGUGUAAUUUCCAGUUUAGUUUGCCCCCAGUACGUUCCACGUAAGUCCUGUAUCCAGAUCAGAGCAAGUUCAGCUGGCAAAAACGGCCUGACGGCCGCAGCACCAAGCCAGUUAAUUGGCAAAACAGGAUGGAAGGCAGAGAGAGGCGCAGAGGGAUAAAGGGUGGGCUGGCGUGUUGAUCUACACCGAAAAGAUGGGGUUUUCAGAGCCGCUGGCAAGAACGCUGUCGGCAACCGGCAGAGGCAGUCCCCGAGGGGUGGCCUCUGCUGGCAGAGGCGGCGUGCAGCAGCUUUCCCGCAGCUGCCCUCUGCCAACUUGCUGGGUUUCCUCCCCCGCUCGGGUAGCCGACGUGACUCCUUUGCCUUUUGACCGAGCGAGGGCGGUCCGCGUCCCUUCCUUUUAUUU